AUGGAAACGGCAAGGGGCAAGAUGAGCGUCAGCGGACCCAUUCGAUCGAUGCAUCGAAUUCACGUCGACGCCGAGCUGGUGUGGUCCCCGUUCGGUAGCGGUGCCGACGAGCAGGUGGCGGGCGGAAGGGACAUGUUUGCCCUCGACGACGAACCCAUCGGGCAGGGAGCGUUCGGGAAGGUCUUCCGGGCCACCCACCGCAGCGGGUUCCAGCUGGCCAUCAAGGAGAUCGAUCUCUCCAUACUCGAUCGCAUGAGUCUCGCCGGGGGCGUCUCCUACUACGGCAGCUUGUGGGCCGAGAAGAAUCGCUUGUGGAUCCUCAUGGAGUACUGCCAGGCCGGCUCCGUGCGCGACCUCAUGGAGACUAUCAACCUGCCCUCCAUGAAGGAGAAGCAGAUCGCCUUCGUCAUGCACACUACGCUUCAGGGUCUGGCGUACCUGCACCAGCAGGCGCCGCCGAUCACGCACUUCGACGUGAAGGCCAACAACGUGCUGAUCACGUCCGAGGGCACGGCCAAGCUCGCCGACUUUGGUCUCGCGCGCAAGAUCGACGACGCCAACGGCAAACGACCGGUUGCCGGUACCAGGUACUGGAUGGCGCCAGAGCUAUUCGAGCGUGGCCAGCCCAAGGCCGGCCCGCCGGCUGACAUCUGGUCGCUGGGCAUCACCGGAAUAGAACUCGCACAUGGGCAGCCGCCCUAUUUUGACGAAGGCCCGAUGGAGGCCAUGCGGGCGAUCACGCAACGACCGCCACCGCGGCUGUCCGACUUCGGCCACGAGGGCAAGAAACGGAAGAAGUGGUCGCACGACUUCGAAGAUUUUGCGGGGAGGAAGACGGUCCUACACAAGAGCCUCACCAAGCGAAACAAGGUGAUCAAGCAGCGGAAGAAGGAGGCGGCCAAGAGCGACAGCGAACAGAAGGCCAAGCCGAGAAAGGUCACCAAGCUCCUUCACACAAAGAAGAGGAGCAAGGGAGAAGAAGAGAAGCAAGAGAACAGGGACGAAGAGGCGAAGACCGACGAAAGCGGAAGCGGCGAGGAGACCGAAGACACGGACACCGAGCACGGCGACCAUGAGCCGAAUGGGGGUGAUGCCGCUCCACCUCGACACCGAGCAGCACCUUCGUUGUCGUCGCAGGGCAGCUCGUUCCUCGACAACGCCAAGGUCCCUCUGCUGGGCGGCGACAGUUCGGCCGGGGCACUGGCCCGCCACAGACCGCCGUCCUCCGCGAAGCACUGCUGCUGCAUCCUCUCCUGA